AUGGAGUCUAAAUUGUGCACUAACACAAAACUAAACAAUCUUAUAUCACCUGGAUAUAUUUACACCAUCGCGCUCUUUCUCUCCUUUUCUUCAGGUUUCUCCCAUCUACCAGCCGGUCUGUAUCCAUCAUACAUUCCCUUGAGCCACCUGGAACCCCAUAACAGUGGGAGCCCCUUGCUUGCUCAGCUGGGCCAGCACAGCCUCUUUGAGUCUCCAAAAGAUGGAUUUUACCUCGCUGGCCAUGCGGGACAGUCUGUUUUGCAUCCCCAGGGCCCUCCUUCAAGAGUGGCAACCAAUCACACAUCGAACACCUUGUUUCGUGAAAAGGACCUUGGGCACUUACAUAGGAACUCAAAGGAAAGCCCGAAAGACCCCUCUGUCAAGGAACGGGCAUGCCGGAGCGACCUCUCUUUGCUCGGGGCCAAAAAGGAGAGCAAGCUGCGUGAGGAACCCCGGCCCCACAGUGUGGUGGAUCUCACCCAGGACACUAAACCCGACAGCGACAGGAAAGUGGGCUGCCCUGAGAAGGCUAUCAAGGCCAGGGAACGGCUGUCCCCAUUCCUGGCUGAACACAUGCCAAACCGGGGUGCCCUUAGUGGAGAACCAAAGUCCAAGAAUCCUCUGCAGACCUCUUCACUCAGCAAUUGCAAUGGUGGAGGGGACCUCUUGGGAAAAGUGGUGAGUUCUGAGCAGGACCGCUGCACCAAGGAGCCCAACAGACAUGACGAGAACAUGAGGCCUUCUGCUCACGCACACUCUGACCAACUGAAAAGGGGAGACUCGACGCUGGGCUCAGUAGCUGCUUUGCACGUUGCCUGCAGUUGCCCCUCCCCAGCCCAGCCAGGGAAGUUGCCCCCUUCUUCUGCCUUCCCACCCCAACCUAUCCAUUCCAACAUGUACACCAUCUUCCCCUUGACCAAGGAGCCCGGAAGGGAACACAAAGUUAUCGCUCCCACGUUCGUGCCUUCCGUUGAGGCUUACGAUGAGAGGAAUGGCCCUAUCCAGAUUGCUUCCCAGGCUCGGGACAACUGCAAGGGGAAGGAGAAGGACAUCCCCACUGCUGCCCGAGUGGGUGUCUUGCAGGCAGUGCCUGAAAGGUGCCUGGCUGACGCCUCUCGGAACCUUUCAUCCCAAGAUUUCCCUGUUCAUGCAGAGGCAAAAAGAAUGGAGGUUUUGAGGGAGAAAGGCUCUGUGAUUCGGGCCAAUGCCAUGGUGCUGAAGAAGCAGGGGGCCUCGGAAAGCUUCUUGAACCAGCCAAGGCUCAGCUCACCAGAAAGCAGGGAGUUUCAUGCCUCAAAAGACUUGCUCAAAUUGGGCUCAGAGACGGAACACCGCUCCUGUGAGCGGGACCGGUUUCAAAGAUCCGGCUGCAAGGAAUCGGCGAAGAUAUAUGGCACUUUGGAUUCCUCUUCUUCAUCUUCGUCUUCUUCCUCCACCACCACUUCCUCCUCCUCUUCCUCCUCCCGGCAGCAUCUUGAUCAGAGCCAACAACUGAAGCCUACUGAACAGAAGUGGAAACCUUUUGAAAUGGGCAAUUUUGCCGCCACCCAGAUGGCUGUCUUGGCCGCCCAGCACAACCAUGCCAGCCGGGUGGAGGAGGAAGCCAAGAAAGUGUACCUUGAUCCCAGCGGUUUGCAAAGGUCCUCAGUGGUGGGAUCCCGGAGUGCCCCCGAGGGCCUCCAUCCCACCUCUCAUGGUGAAGGAUCUGCCAUGCAAAGUCUCAUCAAGUACAGUGGCAGCUUUGCCAAGGAAGCAUCAGCUCGCCAAGGGAGUGGCAAGAAGAGCCCUUUUGGGGGUCUUGGCAAUAUGAAGCUCGACCCCAGCCAGCAGGGCUCAUCCAAAAUCCAGCAACUGCUGCCCCACCAAGCCAGCAAACAGCUAAAGAAAGAACCUGAGCGCCCCGAGAGUGCCAAAUCAUUUGGGCGCGAGAGCAUUGGGUCUCAGGGAGAGGUGGAAGUCAGGCAUCUACCUGUGGGCAUUGCUGUGGCUGUGGCCCGGCAAAAGGACAACAGCGGUGGCACCAAGAUGGGGCAAGGCCUAGUGGACCGUGACCGUUCUGUUUCCCUGAGCAACAUGAAAGGACAUGGGCGUUCAGAUGAGGAUUGUGGGGAUGAUCGACCACGCCAUCGAGACAGCCACCUCCUGGCAAGUCGCCUGGAACGGGACCAGGAAAAGCUCCUGAGAGAAAGUAAAGAACUGGCAGACUUUGCUCGGAUACAUCCCACUGGCUGUGCUACAAAUGGCUUGAACUCCAACCUCAUGGUGACUGGAGGCCCACCCCUGACUGGCUCAGGGCGAUGGUCGGCUGACCCAGCGUCCCAUCUGGCAACUCACCCUUGGUUACCCAGGACUGGCAGUUCUUCCGUCUGGUUAGCAGGUCAUCCCUACGGACUUGGCCACCCUUCCUUGCACCAAGGCAUGGCUCCUGGUUUCCCACCUACCAUGGGGGCAGCUCUGUCUUCUGCAUACCAGUUUGCCAGGGAUCCUCAGUCCGGCCAGCUUGUUGUGAUCCCCAGUGAGCAUCUGCCACACUUUGCGGAGCUGAUGGAUCGUGCGCCACCUCUCUGGCCUGCUAUGUACCCUCCUACAAGGAACUCUCUCCAGCAUGCACACCAGCUCCAGCUCUUGUCUCACCAGCAACUAAUCCGUCAGCAUGAGCUGUACAUCCUCCAGCAGCAGGCAGCGCAUGCCAUGGAGUUGCACAGGAGUGCGCAGUUGGUGGAGAGGCUAAAAGCUAAUGAACAGCGGGUGGAGAUGGAAGAGAAAAUGUCCAAACGGAACCUAGACAACACCAAGGCUGGCCUCGCCACCUCCAGUGCAGGGCUCUUGCACCGAAAGCCUCCCAUUUUGUCCCCCAGCACAUCUACAUCCUACAGCAAGGCUGUGAGUCCACCUCUCCUGUCUCCCAGGGCCUCUCCCGUAUCUGUACUCAAAGCUGAGGUUAUCCAAAAGAUGGAGGAACCACCUACGCAGCCGGCCUAUUCCUACCCCGCUACUCCCAUCUCCCACCCUUCCAGCCCACCCCCUGCUUCUCCACCUCCUGCCCCUGCCAUGCCUCCAAAAGAAGAGGAAGAACCAGAAAAUGUGGAGAAGAAAGAACUGGAACUGGAGAAGGAGGCCUCCAGUCCAUACCAGGCUUUGUUCCCAGAACUUCCAUCGGGAUAUCCAUUCCAGUCCCUCCCAGCAUCCUUCAGGAGACACUACCCAUACCUCCUCCAGCCAACUGCUGCCUCUGAUGCAGAUGGCCUGGCUCCUGAUGUCCCUCUGCCCACCGGAGAGCCUGAGCAGUUGGCCCUUUCUCCAGAGACCAAACCCAUCCAUCCAUCCCCAUCCAAAAUCAUUAAACCCAUCCAGACCAUGGAGGAAGAGGAGUCUUUGGAAGAGCGGGUGAAGACUGAGGUGGAGAUGGAUGAAAACCAGGAAAACGGCAUCUGCGAGCCAGAGAUGGAGGCCUUGAACAUGGCAGACUCUGUUGUUCUCCCAGUCCAGGAAGUGAGCAGUUGCACCCUUCUGUUACAUCACACUAAAACCCUGCAGUGUGAGGAAGAUCAUGAGGAAGAAGAGGUUGAGGAGGAGGAGGAGGAGGAGGAAGAAGAAGAAGAGGCAACUCUCCAGGAGUGCCAGCCGACAUAUCAAGCAAUGGCCUGCUCUGUGGAAAUGGAGUCCCAAGCGGAAGAUGCCAGUGACACUGAAUCUUGUCCUGCCCACAUUGACUAUGAUGGGACUUUGUUACGCAGGGACAUGGAACAACCUGGGGUGGACCUUAUUCCUCAGCCAGAGAGCCCUUGUGUGGCUGCAGAAAUGCCUCACAUCAGCUCUCCUCAGACAAGGAGAGAAUUCGCCAGCACACUCCAGGAAGAGGAGGAGCCGAUGUUGGAAAUGCCCUGUUAUGGGAACGAGGAUGCCUCCUGCCAAGUCCCACACCUGGACAUCAAACCAGAUGACCCUUUGGCCGGCAUGAAUGUCUUGGCGGCAGCAGCUGAAUUGCCUCAGGCCUGUCCCUUGCUGCCAAGCGAUGGCAUCACGCAGGAGGCAGUGGUCAACCUGGAAGUGUCUUCCAGUCUGUCACCAGAGCACACAUUCCUGCAGGGGAUCACCUUGUUGAGUGAAAUUGCAGAGCUGGAGCUGGAGAAGAGGAGGCAGGAAACUCAAGGACUGGAAAAUUUACCCAUUCGCCCAACCCUGGAGAGUCUGUUAGCUGCCAGUACCCAAAUGCUGAUGGAAGUCCUUUCAACACCCUUUAUGGACAGCCUGAAGAACAUCCGUCUUCCUCGAGAAUUGAAUCCCAACAAAAAGUAUAGCUGGAUGCAAAAGAAAGAUGAACCAAUGUACUCCAUAAAAUCAGGUGUUGAGAACAUGGAUGCAAUGGAGCUGGAUUACAGGAUGAGGUUGGCUGAGCUGCAGAGGAGGUACAAGGAAAAGCAGAGAGAGUUGGUGAAGCUGCAGCGACGGAGAGACUCUGAGGAAAAGCAUGACGAGAAAAGUAGAAGCUUGGCAAGACGAGGCCCAGGAAGGCCCAGGAAGAGGAAGCAUGGAUCGAGUGCUCUGUCGCCUCCUAAGGAGAGAGGGAAGAGUGACUGCAGGAGUGGAAAACUAAGCAAGUCCUUACUCCUCUCUGAAGACUCAGAGACUGGUGAAGGUACAAGGAAGAGGCACAGGGGCAUUCUCCUUGAGGAUGAAGAAGAGAUGGAGUGCAGGAAGGCGAAAAGCAGGAACCGCAGUUGGGAUGAACAAGAUGUCUUGGCAAACUUCUCCAGUGAGUUAAAGAUUAAGAAGAAGAAGCUGGCAUCAGAUCAGGAGCAACUGGUGAGCAAGCUUGACAAAGCCCUGUCUCUCACCAGACACAAGUUGAAAUCCCCUUUUAAGUUUGCAGACAGUUCUGCAGGCAGGCAUAAAAACGGCGGAUGUUACAGCAGUAGAUACCUCUCACCCCACGAAGUCUUCCUUGGCAAGGAUGAAAGGAAGCGCUUGGCCAAAACUAUGAGCUUCUCGCUGAAAGCUUCCAAAGAAGGUAAAAAUAAAAUGGCUGCCAAAAUGAAGAAGAUGGAAAUGGGGCUAAGAGUCAAGGGUCACCUGAAGGUUUCCAGUUCACCAGCAAUAUCUGAAGUUAGCAGCUAUUCCUACAAUACAGACUCUGAGGAAGACGAUGAAUCCCUGAAGGAUGGGUGGCCUUCUCGUUCCCCGACCAGCUCCAGAAUGAGACCCCCCAGCCUCUACAGUGUAGUGGCCCCAAAGAGCUGCAGAAUCACUGGAGGCCUCAAAGCAACCAAAAAGGGCCUCUCCGCCACCAGAACUCUCAAAUCUAAACUGGCUGCGACCAGGAAGCAGCCGUUCUGUUUGCUGCCCAGAGAGGCCGAAGCCGGAUCGUCGUUCAGUGAUUCUUCGGAGGACUCGUUCGAUCAAGAUUCUAGCUCAGAAGAUGAAGAAGAAGAGGAUGAGGAGGAAGAGGAAGAGGAGGAAGCCAAAGGCUAUGGGAUGGGCACCACCGACAGGCUUUCACCACCCACUUUGGAUGAGAGUGGCUUGGGGCUGCUUGCAAGAUUCGCAGCCAGCGCUAUGCCGAGUCCUGUCAUCCCACCUUCUCUUUCCAUUGUCCAGCUAGAAGCCAAGCAGAAAGCAAAGAAGAAGGAAGAGAGGCAAAGCUUGAUGGGGACGGAGUUUGAAUACACAGACUCAGAGAGCGAGGUGAAGAUCAGAAAGAAAUCACCCUCUGGAUUGCUGCGUGGAAAGAAGGGCCUCCUUGAACAAAGCAGUGCCACAGUUAUACAGUCGGUUAACACCAUGGAUUCCACUCCAGGUGGGAGCUUAGACAAGGCCAAGAUGGUACCCGAAAAGAGCCGGAAACUGAAGAAGUUCAAGUCACCCAAGGACCUGACUUUUGAGUUUGGUCUGGAAAUGAGUGAUGAUGACCUCUGGAACCGGCGCAGGAGCGAGCGGAUCUUCCUUCAUGAUGCCACCAUGACAUCGGCCAUCCUGUCUCCCACCUCGGCAAACAGCUCAACCCCAGUUUCCAAAACUGGGCGCUGUGUGAAGGGUACAUCUCUGAGUCCCAAGAAAGAGGGAAGCAAAGGAAAGGAGAGGAAAGAGCUCGGCAAGAAGAAGAAGAACAAAGACGGUCCAUUCUGCUCUUCCUCCUCCUCUUCCUCCUCCUCUUCUUCUUCCUCCUCCUCUUGCAUCUCUCCUCCUAGCAUUGUCAGCUGUUCACCGGACAUCCGAGCCAGUUUGGCAAGCUCCCUGGGCUCCAGCAAGAAGAGCAAAGGGAAAGGCAAAAACAAAGAGGUGAAGAAAGAGAACCGAGGAAAAGGAGGCGCUGUCAGCAAGCUGAUGGAGAGCAUGGCUGCUGAGGAGGAUUUUGAGCCAAACCAAGACAGCAGCUUCUCAGAGGAUGAGAAUGUGCCACUGAGUGUGCUUAUGGAAAGGCCACUUACUCCAGCUCCCCGUUCGUGUAUUAUUGACAAAGAUGAGCUGAAAGACGGUCUGCGGGUCCUGAUCCCCAUGGAUGACAAGCUGCUCUAUGCUGGCCAUGUCAAGACAGUUCACUCUCCCGACAUGCUGCCUUUUGACCAACAUCACCCUUGCAGUGUUCAAGACUUCAACUGCCUGAAAGCAGUUAAAACAGAAACCCACAACAUUGAAUUAGCAGUGUUGCAGAAAAACCUUGCCAGAGUAUUGCGAUACCGAGUUGUGGUGGAAGGAGAGCGAGGGAAUCGCCCCCACAUUUAUUGUUUGGAACAGCUGCUGCAGGAGGCGAUCAUUGACGUGAAACCCCCUUCGGUGCGGUUCCUGCCUGAAGGCACAAGGAUUGCUGCCUACUGGAGUCAACAGUACCGCUGCCUCUACCCAGGAACGGUCGUCCAAGGGGCACAUGAUCAGGAAGAAGAUGGAGACUUGAUCACUGUAGAGUUCGAUGAUGGCGACACUGGACGGAUCCCCUUAUCUCACAUCCGGCUUCUUCCACCUGAUUACAAGAUCCAGUGUGCUGAGCCUUCUCCUGCCCUCUUGGUGCCCAGCACAAAACGCCGCAGCCGCAAAUCCAGUAAGGAUACUGGUGAAGGAAAAGAAGGAACUGGGAUGGGAUCCCAGGAGGAGACGACACCAAAAGGCAAAGGACGUGGGAGGAAACCGAGCAACAAGCAGAAAGCUGAAGAAAGUGUCCUAGCAGAACCAACAAACCAGGGAGAAACACCUGCAAACCCUUCACACCUGCCUGAAAAGCCUCUUUGCAAGCAGUCCAUGAAAGGUGCAAAGAAAACGCCACAGGUCCCUGCCAGAACUUCCGUGGCUCCUGCAGAAGAAAAACAUCAGAGUAAAGGGAGCAAGAUGAAGAUCUCAGCCAAACUGCACAGCCCCUCUCAGUCCUCUUUCCAGUCUCCAGUGUUUAGCAGUGUUCGUGGGAGUGAGACGUACACUGAGCUCUCAGGCAUCUUGGGAGCCUUCAGUUCUUCUGAUGCCUCCUCUGGGAAAGUCAAAUCAAAGAAAGGGAAGCCCACUGAGGAAUCACAGGAAUUCGGCUCAACAGCCAAAGCUCAGAGGAAGAUCCCAGACAGCGAGAUUUUGAUCAAGCUAGACCACGAGGGAGUCAUGUCCCCCAAAACUAAGAAGACAAAAGAGGCCAUGAGGAUGCUGGGAGAUGCAAAUCUGGCCAGCAGGAGAGAGGCCAAGAACAUCUUGGGACUGAGCUACAAUUCCUUAGCGAGCACCAAUGCCAAGCAGAAAUCUUCUAAAAACAAAGUGGCCAGCGGAGAAGCUUCCGCCCCUAAGUUUGCAGGCAAGUUUGGUGGCUCUGGAGAGAACCCUGCUUCCUCGAAGGAUCAUGAAGACAAAGAUCAGGCAGAGCAGGCAGGAGACGAGUCUGAAAGCAACAGCAGUGGCAGCAGUUCGGAGUCUGAAGGAGAAGAAGAAACACAGAAAAAUGGAGGUGGCACCCAAGAUGGCAGCUCAGCCAGUUCAAGGGCCUCCACACCCAUGUCUUCAUCAAACUCUUCCACUUCCUCCUCCUCCAGUACUAGCAGCUCUUCCUCUUCCUCCUCCUCUGCUUCCUCCUCUUCCUCCACUUCCUCCUCCUCAUCCAGCUCCAGCUCUUCUUCUUCUUCCUCCUCUUCCUCCACCACGGAUGAAGACUCCUCUUGCAGCUCGGAUGAGGAGACUUCGGAGUCCCAGCCCAGCGCCUCUUCCAUGCAGCAGACCUUGCCGCCUAAGCCAGCCAAGCAAGCAGCGAAGUCUCGCUCAGCAUCCCACCCUCCAGGCUCCAAGCAGCAGCAGCAACAGCCAUCGCCACCACCGCAGCAGCAGCAGCAAGCAGCCCAGAAACAGCCAAGCGGGAACAAGAACCGGCCCAAAAAGCGUGAGGGGAUCCACCUGCCAACCACCAAAGAGCUUGCCAAACGUCAGCGGCUGCCUUCUGUGGAGAACAGGCCCAAGAUUGCUGCCUUCUUACCUGCGCGCCAGCUUUGGAAGUGGUUUGGGAAGCCAACCCAGAGGCGUGGCAUGAAGGGAAAAGCCCGGAAACUCUUCUACAAGGCCAUCGUCCGUGGAAAGGAGAUCAUUCGUAUCGGAGAUUGUGCCGUUUUCUUGUCGGCUGGCCGGCCCAACCUGCCCUACAUUGGCCGGAUCCAGAGCAUGUGGGAGUCCUGGGGUAACAAUAUGGUUGUCCGAGUGAAAUGGUUUUAUCACCCAGAAGAAACCAAUCCUGGCAAGAAGCUCAAUGAAGGCAAGCGCUGGGAUCAGAAAUCUGGGCGAAGCCUCUCCACUGCACUCCAAGCUUCCAGCCAGAGGAAAGACUUUAUGGAGCGUGCAUUGUACCAGUCUUCCCACGUGGACGAAAACGAUGUCCAGACAAUCUCGCACAAAUGUCUGGUGGUUGACCUGGAGCAAUAUGAACAGAUGCUGAAAACCAAGAAAUACCAGGACAGUGAAGACCUAUACUACCUAGCGGGGACAUAUGAGCCCACCACGGGCAUGAUAUUCAAUACAGAUGGAGUACCAGUCAUCUGUUAACUGCUUCUGGAAAAAGGAACUCUGGGAGACAUCCCACACUCCCAUAGCAUUCAUAUGAACACAUCCCGCCUCUCCAUGGAGAAGGAAGAAGAAGGAGACAAAGAUGAGGAAUGGGACGUAAAGAAAUGUAUGUGCCUGUUUUAACGACAGCAUGAUUGUUUUAAUGCUCAGUCACAUCGUUCCAAAACUGAAACAGAGUGAUUGAACUGGUUGCUUGACUCUUGCAAAAGAAGGGAAUAGUUAAAGAAGAAACAGAAAAAAGAAAUUGGAGAUAUGGGCAGCGAGUUUGCAUUCUAUCCCUUCAUGGACUGGUACUGCUUUGGGUUGCUGUGCCAGAUCACCAAAAUAAUGUUGAACUACAGGCACUUUGCCAUUUUCCUCCAGAGUUCAGACUUUCAUAGGAUAUUUCAGGAAACUAACCAUCUUCUGAGCUCAGUGUUUCUGAAUCUUCAGGGUAAUAUAUCCAGCCUUUCUCUUUCUCACCAAGAACCACACAACUAUGUUGAAGAAUACAAGGUCAGUGAGAACCUUGAUAGGUCUCUAUUCUGAAGUCUGGUUGAUCUCGAAAGCCUGUCCCCUAACAGAGAAGAAAGGAGACAGCUUUGGAAGCUAUGGCCAAGAAUGGUGCUUCACGGAGAAAGAUUAGUCACCUCAUGUUCCUGUAGGGUUACGAGACGCUGAACAAGGAGGACAAGAGAGAUCAGCCACUGAACUAUGUUAAACCGAUAUUCCUCUUAUUGCUACCCUCUCCUUCCAAACAUCUGGUCUUGCGAGGGAAGGUGUUUUUAUUCGAAGCAGGUGCAAUUGAAUGCGAAACAUUUCUUCCUCCUAUAAGAUGAAUGUAAGUUGACAGGUCCUGCUUCGAAAUCCCGGACCUUGCUUCCAUCAGCUAUUCCUAAAUGCAGACUGUGAUUUUGGGAGAACACAUGUGUUUGGGACAUGCGCUGUUGGCUAUUUGCUGCUCCUGCUUCAGGAACUCAAGAAACACUUCCCCUCCCCUUAUAUAUAUAUAUUUUUUAAAAUACCUGGACCUGAUGAACCACCUUCGGAAGACUCCCCAGUGUUUCAUACAGAAUGAAAUGCUUGACUUCAUUUCCCUCUCAUCUCCUACUGGGCACCGCAACUAAGGAGCAGAUGGCACUUGCAAAAACCUUGCAUUUAUUCAUGGGGGAAGCGUUGGCUGUGCAGCUGGGGAGCCCACAUUAAACUGGACGCAAGACCAGCACAACCAACCCUUGCCACCAACUCCCAACUCCCCAGAAGUUUGCCAGUCUACCCCUCCAUCCCUGCCAUCCCACUCCAGGGCACAUCACCCCUGGGCUUCACCUCUUGCAGCUUCAGGACAAGGCGAAUGCCCAAAUUACAGACAAGACCGAGAAGAGCGUAAGUUGUGGAGGUGGCGCAAGGGUUCAGAGGGACAGGGGUGAGGUGAGACUGGAUGAGAACAACUCUGUAUUUUGCACUUAAAAACAAACAAACCCAUACACUACAUAGCUGAGAUACAAUGAAUGUUUCUGCCCAGAACGGACUACCAUUCCAGCACUACAAUGAGAGAUACAUUUCUUUUACCUACAUGGACCGAUUUUUUACUCUUGGCGGUGGUACUAACAGAGUACUAGAGGCAUCUGGCCCAGGGGAAGGCACAUCCCAAUCCCCCAGUCCCUUUCUGGACUCCUUCACAACCGACUUUUAAAGAACCACAGUGGUGCUGCUUUGUGUACUGCCUGCCUUCUCCCCCCCUGGACCACAGCUUCCAAAGUCUUUGAUGGCGACAAUGUCUUUUAACUCACCCACCCACCCCAACAACUCUGUACAGUUUUAAUCUACCAAAAGACUCAUGUCAUGUCCUCCCUUCCCCAUUCCUGUAUCAUCAUCCCUCUUUAAAGAAAACGAAAAGCAACCAACAGACAGAAAAGAUAAAAAAUAAAAAUGGAGAGGAGGAGGAGGAAGAGGGGGAAAUAAAAGCAAAACGGAUUCAACUUUUUAAUUAUAAAUAUAAAAUAUAAAUAUAUAAAUAUAUAUAAAUAUAUAAACUUUUUUUAAAAAAAACUGUGAAAAAAAAUUAUGGAAUUAUAAAAAAGCAAAACACGGUCUGACAUUUAGACUCCUAUUUUUUAUUUCCUGUUGGAUUUGUGUGACCGCAGGGGAACAGGAAAAGAUCCCGAGCGUUGCUUACAUACAAACUGUGUACUGUAUACGUGUCGAAGCAACUUGUGUGAGCAGAUCUUUUUAAAAAGAGACACAGAGAGAAAGAGAGAGAGAGAGAGAGAGGAUUUAUGCGAAUGUUAAAUAGAAAGCACUUAACUGCCCAUUGCCUUCUAUGGAACACAAGGAUUUUUUGCAGACAAUCGAGAGGAAAGGAGCCAGGUUUUUGUCCCUUUUCCCCCCACUGUUGUCAUAUUUUUUUAAUGUUUUCAGUUCCUUCCCACCCCCCACACCUUUUUUUGCAUUGUUUGUUGCCGAUUAUGUGUGAUUCCUUUUCAUAAAAAAAAUAUGAUUGAAAAACAA